GUCCUUACAGAUCCGGAAGUGACGUGUCGUGGAACAUCAGCAGCAACAUUCCAAGACAGUCACAAUAAUGAGGCUGGACCCGAAUGAGGAUGAUGAUGUGUCUUUAUUUGAUGCUGAGGAAGAUUCAGCCACAAGAAAGAACAAAAUCAAGCAUCCGCUGGCCUCCUUCUUCCACCUGUUCUUCCGGGUCAGUGCGAUUCUGGUCUACCUGUUGUGCGGUUUAGUUGGCGGAAGCUUCAUCGCCUGUAUGGUCACCAUCAUCCUCCUCCUGUCAUGUGACUUCUGGACUGUGAAGAAUAUCACAGGGCGUCUGAUGGUGGGUCUGCGCUGGUGGAAUCAAGUGGAUGACGAUGGAAAAAGUCAUUGGGUGUUUGAGUCCAGAAAGGCCAGUGGGACUCAGUCCUCCGCAUCACGAACCUCAAACGCAGAGUCUCGUAUCUUCUGGCUGGGUCUGAUCAUCUGCCCCGUCAUCUGGGUCAUUUUAGCUUUCUCUACGCUCAUCUCCUUCAAGAUAAAAUGGCUGGCGGUGGUGAUUAUGGGGGUGGUGUUACAGGGAGCCAACCUCUAUGGAUAUGUGCGCUGUAAAGUAGGAGCCAGAACAAACCUGAAGAGCAUGGCAACCAAUUACUUUGGACGGCAGUUUCUGAAGCAGGCUUUCACAAAACAGGAGGAAUCUUAGGAAGGAACGUCUGACCUCCUGAAUUCACACACCGAUGAACUUUUAACAUGUUCAUUUUUAAAACUGAUUCAAAUGAAGUUGAGGGAAAUGGUUACUUGGUUAGCGUAUUUGUGUUAUUAGUUUUCUACAAUGUGUCAACUACAACCUGUUAAAUAAUGUGUUUCACUUUUAAAAAUGCAUUUAACUUAAUAGUUUUUUCUUUUAAGUAGCUAACUAACUUAAAUAAUAAAGAGUUUGUGUUUUGUUUUAAAAUAUUGCAUACAUAAAUAUAUAAAUAUAAUAAAACAUGCAUUAUCCUUGGCACAAAAAAAACAGAUGUACAUAUUUAUAUACUGCUGUAAAUUAUUAUUUUUUGGGGGGGAUUGUAUAAUUUCUCUAGUUGAUGAUUGAGUGAUUGUAUCUCAUGUUCAGUAAAUUCAAGAAAUAAAUAAGUUUUGGGUAAAACUGGA